CAGGGCCACCGUACAGCAGAAGGGUGACGUGCGAUUGAAAACAAUCGAAUUUCCGGAAUCCAUCGUCGAUUAGCAUGUUUUUUUUCGUUUUCUUCAAUUUAAACAAAAAUCUGGAGACAACUACCCCAUGUUCAUGAAGUGCUGUCAGCCUUUUGAUCCCACUGUGAAUUGAUCUGUGAAAAAGACACACAAGCAGUAUGUCGGAGAACCUCGUCCUCACCUUCCAGACCCAGCUCUCGGGAGUCAUGGAGACGGUCCUAAAGUCAGCCAUGUAUGAGAUCACCAGACUGGUGGAGGAUGGCUUCCUGGAGGAGGUAAGACGUGGUCAACAGGAAGUGACACGGAGCCACCAGGAAGUGGAGUCUCUGCGGAUCUUGCUGCAGCGGGCAGAGAGUCAGCUGAAGGAUGUCAGUCAGAGGGCCAGGUGUGGAGACUGUGGCAGGACCGAUGUCUACAAUGAGGAAACAGAUGACAGACCUCCAGGAAUACAGGACAGUCUGCUUCUGCUGAGCGGGUGUGACCUGAAGCUGGAGGAGGAGCCAGAUGUCAGGUGGAGAAGCUGUGGACAGGAAACAGUGGAGUCAUCACAGUUAGCAGCUAAACCAACUCCUCCCACUCCUCCAGCUCCCAGUCCUUCGCUGGUAGGCAGUGUUAAGGAGGAGGAAGGGGAGGAGGACAUGGAACCGUGGAGAAUCAAGGUGGCCAUACAGCCGUCUGCAGCUCACACCUACACAGAGGAGCAGCGGGACUCAGACACACUCGUUCAGAGUACAGGGGACUCUAUUGGGUUUCCCUCUGCGGACCCAGAGGUCCAACAGGUCACCCAGACACCCAGACUAGCAGUGCCAUCUCAGAACCAGAGCAGAGGACCCAGUAAUGACGGUGACAGAAUGAGGAGUAGAGCCUCACCGGUGUGGAUAGGCCAUAGAAUAUUAGACACGGAUACUGACGUUCACAGACAAGCUCAGUCGAACCUACGACUGGUAAGAGAGCCUCUGUCGUCCUCUGAAUCGGCAGAGGCGAAGCAGCUAGCUAGAGAUUUCGCUCCCCCAACCAAUCCCAGUACAGCGGGGGCCUCUGUCUCCUCCUCCUCAUCGGGCUGUCAUGUCUUCAGCUCUCUAAACUACAGGAUUCCUUCCAAAUAUAAGCCCAGCGCUCAAACCCUGCCGCGCAUGAGAGUAUACAGGGAUGCUGCCAAGCGGGGCGGCUACCCAAUGUACAACAGGGGGGCCGCCCAGGGAGGGCUCACCUCCUCCCAAACACCAACCCAACAAGGGAACCACCAGCAUCACCACCCUGGGAGGCUGGCCCUCCGCUGCCCAGUGUGUGGUAAGGUCUUCCCCCAUCCCAGUAGCCUUAAGGCCCACCAGCAGACCCACACGGGGGAGAGGCCGUUCAUCUGCGCCCUGUGUGGCCGGAGCUUCACUAAGUUAAGCAACCUGAAAGCCCACCGGCGUGUUCACACUGGGGAGAGACCCUACAGCUGCUCGGACUGCGGCAAACGCUUCACACAGAAGUGCAACCUUAAGAGGCACCAGAGGAUUCACAUGGAGAAUGAUAUAUGAUGUGGUUGUGGGGAGGAGUGUGUGGGUGUGGGGAGGAGUGUGGGUCGGUGUGGGGAGGAGUGUGGGUCGGUGUGGGGAGGAGUGUGGGUCGGUGUGGGGAGGAGUGUGGGUCGGUGUGGGGAGGUGUGUGGGGAGGAGUGUGGGUCGGUGUGUGGGGAGGAGUGUGGGUCGGUGUGUGGGUCGGUGUGGGGAGGAGUGGGUCGGUGUGGGGGUGUUGGUUGUUCAUUUGACCCAUGUUAUUGCAUAAAUGGUAUAUAGUUUGUUAUUCCUUUAUAUCAAUGCUGUUGAUAUGAAGUUAGACAUGAUGUAGGAUAGAUAAGCUGUGUUUUCCCCAUGGUAUUGUCUACAGUUUUUAUAAUAAUGUAUAGUCAUUUACAUUUCUAUAAGUGAAUUAAAGUUUCUCUAGACCUUGUUCUCAGAUGAAUGUUCUACCAUAGAUGGCUAGUGUGGUAGCUAAUCAACGCUUGUCUUUUCAAAUCUGAGCACAUGACAAUGCUCUAUCCAUGUUCUUCUGAGUGUCCCACAUCAAAUGUAGGCCUAUACAACAUGUAAUGGAAUAUGUAUACCCUAUAAAAUGUAACAUAAAAAAAAAUACCUUGGUCAAUGAACAAUGGCUGCUGAGUGAAUAAGGUCAAUAUUGUUUGUGAAUGGAGAUUGUUUUUGUAUGAACUAAGUGGAAAAAAAUAUAUCUUUAUGAACAAAGAUUUUUAUGAGAUCAUACAGCAUGGUUGCAUCGUGAAAUUAAAAUCAAAGCUGUGCACUGUUCCCAUUGGAAGUAUAACAUACAAGGGAUGGAUACAAUAGUUUUAUUUUAGAAGUAAAUGGGGUGACUGAAGAAAUAGUUUUGGUCUAAACUAGAUACAGGGCUAGGAUUUGUUUGUGGUUUUUAAAUCAAAUUAAAGCAGUCAAGUGUGUUA